AUUUCCUGUUAUCCGUUUCUUUUUGUUCUCUCUCUUAAUAAAAACCAAGAAAACGCUCACUACACCAGCACAAAACACGAAAUUAGGGUUUUUGCAGUUCCUUGAAUUCCUUUCCGCCAUGGAGUCAGAGUUGAUCAACGGUGCCUCUUCCUCCCCUGUGGCCUCUAACUGCCGGGAUUUAUCCAGAAAGAAGAGGAGGUCUGCCAAAUUGAAGCAGUGCAAGUUGGAUGCCCGCCGCGAGCAAUGGCUCUCUCAAUGCGCGGUGAAGAAUAACGUUUGCAAGGAUGAUAUACAUGGGAAGUCGUCAAAGCAAACUUGUGGUGGCUGGAAUCGUUCGAUGGAGAAUUUCGAGGUGAGGAGAAGAGGCGAGAAAAGUGGAGGUGGAUCGACCCAACAUGAGAGCGACUCUGAGUCUCCUUCAAACAGCCCCACCAGCAUCCUUUUAGAAGGUAAGGAUUGUGGUACAACCUUCACCAAUAGCAGCAGCAGUAGCAUUACCAGUACCAGUAGUGGGGGAUGCUGUUCUGGUGGCAUCUCAGAAGACGAUGGAGGAGGCGAUGAUGAUACCCUGGACAAUUGGGAGGUCAUUGCCGAUGCAUUGGCAGCUGAUGAGAAGCAAGAAACUGAACAGAAUGAAAACUCGUGUUUAGGGUCGGUCACUGAGCCUGAGCCUAUUUUCGAAUCUGGGGGAACGAAAAGUGGGGCAGGGUUGGAUGUUGGGAAUUCAAAGCAAGAGAGCACAAGGAUGGUGCCGAGAGCCAUAGGGAACAGCCGGGCUUGGAGGCCUGAUGACGCUUUUAGGCCCCAGAGUCUGCCUAAUUUGUCACAGCAGCUUAGUUUUCCGGUGACAGAUCGUCAUUGUGGUCUGGGAGGGGUUCCUUGGGCCAGUCCAUCAUCUUGUCCUAUAUGCUUUGAAGAUUUGGAUUUCACGGACUCAAGGUUUUUGCCUUGUUUGUGCGGGUUCCGACUCUGCCUUUUCUGCCAUAAGAGGAUUCUUGAGGAGGAUGGACGCUGCCCCGCUUGCAGGAAGCCAUAUGAACAAGAUCCUGUGGAGGCAGAGCCUAAUAUUCUCGGAGGCAGCUUGACGUUUCGGUUGGCUCGUUCUUGUAGCUUGAUUGCAAGGUCUUAGAAGUAGCUGCUCUUUUCAUCAACUGUGUAUGUUGGGUUUCUCUUUUUCUCAUGUCCUACUUGUUAUGUUAGUAACUUGGUACUAGUAUUUUGCUGCUGUUAGGAUCUGAUUUUCAUAGACAGAUGUGGGUAUUAUUUGGUUUACCUUUGGGCAGCCGAGAAUUGAGCUGUUCUUUCUAUGAGUUUGGUUCUAUCUCAAUGGUGUAUCUGCUGAUGUAGAGGACUAAGUUUGGUGUGUGAAUAGAUAACGUGGUAUAGAAAUUCAAUACAUAAUAAAAGAUAUUCGAAGAG